UUUAAGGCGCGCUCCUGGUGCUGGCUCAGCCUGGCCGGUGGGGCGGACGCCGUACCCGCCUGGACCAAAAAUACUUCGGGCCGCUGAUUCUCCUGUUGGACACCUUCACAAGAUUCGACGCAUGUCUAUGUGAUUUCCAAUAGCGCGCUGAACGGUGUGGUAACGCCCGAAAUGUGUGCCUCUCGCCCUGCGGCCACAAUCUGGACUGCAUAAGCUUAAACACGGGCGACUUAGCUGCAUUCCAGGAUUGUUCGAGCCCGUCGAAUCGGUCUUUACCUUGAUCCACUGGCGCUGUCUGGCGAUCACGGGCUGACGAGCCUCCACGGUAUCUUUCGCGGGGCCCGCUUGUUGAAUACGGGUUCGUGGCGCAUGCGCUUUGACAUUCGGCUUCUCCACGAGCCGGUCGGCGUCUCUUUUGGAAAGGAAGGCAUCCGACGAUCGAUGGCUAGAGGAAUGCAUUUUGGGAUGGACCUUCGGAUGGAUUGUUAUCGGGGCGAGGGCGAGGGCGUAUCAGAAUGUGUGUGUGUGUGUGUGCCAAAGCGAGCUCAACAGGCAUGCAUGGCAGAUCCCAGGCCGUGAUGACGCAGGCGAAGACCAUUCGCCGCUGGUUUGGGCUGUAAGUUAAUUAAGUCAAGCGGGCGCGAGAGGAGCGGGCUAAGGCCAGCUGCGGAAAUGCUGACACCAGAGUCAGCUUGCGCAACGCAGAACCCAUUCCCAGCGAUUCCCUUGCCGCUUGUUGUCUGGGGCUGAAUGUGCCAUCGCUUUCGCCAGUUCUUCCUUGCGUGGGAUAAUUAGUCGCCUUCCUCACUUUCCCCGCGUGCGACAGCCUUCCACACGCACACACACACACAUACACACAAGCAGUCACACCCAUCCGCCGACGUACACAAACGUCGGUGACUCGAAAACAUCGCAGAGAUGAUGCGCAAGAAGAUAAACUACACGACGUGUACGCCGAUCCCCUCGUACAUCCCGCGCCAGCUUGCUAUUGAGCUGCUGCACUCUCAUGGCGAGAUCAUCACCGUCAGCCCACUCGUUCUGAGCUACAAACCCAUCAAGCCCCCGGCCAACGCCCCCGCCGACGAGUACUACAGCUCAUGGUACGAGAUCGAGGAAAGGGUUCAGUUCAUUCCCGGCGUCGGCAAGAUGGGCGCAAGCAAGAUCAAGUUCAACGGGUGCUUCCACGACCUGCCGUGGGGCCUGCAGACACACGUUUACGCCCCCGCUGGCGUGGAGACGAGAAACAAGUACAGAAUAGCAGGCAACCAGCCCGGCGAGCCGCGCGAGCCGGUGGAGAUGGGCAUCGGCGCCCCGCCAGAAGGCCUGUACCUCCGUGAAGACGUAGAGAUCAAGUGUAAUUUUACCAUGGCCAGCUUCGUCAAAAAGGAGCAGAUGGCGGCGUCCAAGGUGCUGAUCGAGCGCAUGCUGAAGAAGGCGGAGCUGCUGGAGGAGGGCGUGCUGCAGGCCAUGUUCGAGAACGGCAGGAUAAAGACACUGAACCCGAACGACAGAACGACGACCUUUCCAGGCCAUCUGCCGCCAGGCGCGCCCGCCAGCCCGAGGCCGCAGAGCACUCUCGUUACAUCCGGAUCUUACCACCCGUCAUACUAUGAAAACGUCAACAAGCAUGGCUCCAUGCCACCGUAUUCACCCGGCGGCUCGCAAUAUGGCGGUGGAGUGUCCUAUGGCCAGCACGGCUUUUACCCGACGUCGUCUAGUUCGGGCCAACCGGCGCAACAAUCCUUCGCAAUGGAACUACCUGGAGACAUGCCCGUGCAGCCGGUUCCUUCGCCGUCAUACCCUAUGGACCAGAAGCUGGCACCGCCGCCGAACCACCUGCAUCCCGCGAACCGCUACUCGACCAUCUCUGAACUCGCGAGCGAUUCGCGCCCAGACUCCAAUCGGCGGUGGUCGGAGCUCCAGGACAGUUCGUCCCGACACUCAGAUAACGAGUCAAGCUCGAGGCCGACGUCGUACACGCCGACGUUGUCUGAUGGCGGUAUGCGCAGCCCCAGCAUGGCGCAAACCAGCUUUUCAAGUGUGCCGGAGGAGCAGGAGCCUCAGUAUAACAAACAUCAGCCUUUGAACCAGGACAACCUCAAGAGACUGGAUGGCGCGCAAGCUCCUCAUCAACCGGCUUUACCACCGUACAACCCCAUGGACUACGCAAAGGUGUGAGGCUUUCCUACUCCUUUUGCUUUAAAGGGUGUCGCAACGAUAGAAGAGUUGCGCAAGGUUGGCCGGAGGAAGCGAUGGUACACAAGCCUGGAUGCCGGCUUCUCGCGGGAACGAUCUAUUUUUGCAACUUCUGCGAUCCUUUCUGCUCAUGACACUCACGAAUGUUUUCUUGGGCCCCUUCCUUUUGGUAAACCCCGUGGCUCGAGCAAUGUGUGUCGAUCUGUUCUGUUUUUUACCUUGGUGAAAGCGUUGAAUUUGUGAUCUUGAUACUCUCUCACCUAGUCGUGCAUACAGGUGAUCUUAGCAAUGACAUAUGUUUUGAUCUUUACAGUGAUCGGCCGAACAUAUUUUGCAAUCUAUUGUAUCAAGUCUAUUUCUUUCCGUUUAUGGACAGUCGAAGAAGAAGGCGGAAAUGAUAACGACGAACUGCAGGGCGAGGGGACUGCAACAGCCGGGCAUCAUCCACAUGCUGGUUAAGGACUGUUAUCGCCAGCAGUUCCAGGACGGACCACAUUGAUAUCAGAGAUAGCUUGUGGUAAUCGCAGCUAGUGUAUACCCAUGCCAUCUCGCUAAAUAUACACGAAGUGUCAAUAAUAAUCAUCGGCUUAGGCUGACUUGAAAGCAGUGAGGCGCAAGUGAAUGUGAUUUCGAGUUUGUACUGCUUCAUCAUUGGCUGGUCACUCGUGUUGGCACUAAGUGGGGUCUUCAGGCUGAUAUAGAGGCUUAUUUCACUUAUACGUGCCCUAGUUAUUAACCGGUCAAGAUGCUUCACGUUCAGAUGGUUUGCUCGAGUCAACAUAUAAGGUCUUUCAGAUAAAUUCGUCAAUAACGUUCGC